UAAAUACAUAAUAUAAUGUGUAGGAAGAGCUAUUGAUCAAGGCUAUUUACUUUGACAGGUGGAAUAUGUCUUUUUCAUGCUGUAAUUUUCUUUUUAAAAAAAGCAUCAUUAAGAGUUUGUUCUGAAGCGGAAACCACCAUUGGAGGCCGGUGGAUCUGGUUCGAUGACCUGCGGGGCGGUUUCUGAUUGUUGGGAUACAGUCACCCGUGAAGCCAACAGGAUAUUUAAAUCUACUGUGUGUAUUUUCAUUCCAACGAUUACUGUAUUUUCACAGCGCAGUAAACCAUAAUUGCCCUUCCCGCAACAUGACCGAUAUUUUUGGUUUAUAACCAGAACAGUGUACAUCUGAAAUAUAGUGAAGGACUGUUUUGCGAAAUGGAAGUACCGAUGAUGUAUCAAGCACGUCAUCAGACUUCACCGCCAUCCGCCGACUCGCGUUUUGAUACCAACAGAAAACGAACGGCUGUAGACAUGAUGGCGCGUGACAAACUUUUCCAGUGGACAGAGUGUCGAGUUUGGAUCAACUCCACCAUCGUUACAGACAUCAUGGAAACGACAAAUCCCGCAGACAAGUCCCCAUUCUCCACCCCCGUGUCAGAACGAAACGCAGUCACCACGUUUCUGAGGGAUCCCAAGAAAGAGAAAACUGGAGAGUUGCUUAAGCAGAAGUACUGCGAAAGUAUGGUGGGACUUCAGGGGAGCGCCUAUUUCGUUUUUGGUCUACCGAGAGUUAAAAGAAUUGUUAAAGAUGUCGAUGAAGAUCUGGGGAAGGGGUCUGACCAAAGCGAGAGUCUGGACAGACUGCGCGAGACGAGAAAUGAUCGACUGCAGGAGAGCACGUAUCUGCGAGAGUCCCGAAAUGACCAACUAGGAGAAACUCGGACUGAAAAACUGGGGAAUACGAAAAACGACCGUGUGAUAGAACCCCAAAACAAUCGGAUCGGCGAGUCCAGAAAUAACGGACUCAGAGAGACUUUAGACGACAGACGGUAUCUGAGAGAGAGCAGCAGACCGGAUCGUGAGAAUAACCCCCCGGACAGCUUCCGGUCCUCGAACAGAAGACAGGACGACUACAAACCAAAUCCGCUGGGACAGAGCGGGGCAUACGACCUCAGUAGCAGCUUCAGAGAGGAUCUCCGCGAGAGCAGGAAGCCUAGAGAUCCAGAGGAAUCCAAUCUAUAUUCCUCAAGGGUGGUUCCUGACCGGCAAGAACCAGCAGACGACAGGGGGAUGUACGCUUCCCGAAUAUUACCAAACCGGAGCCCGGGGGAACUCCGAAAAUCCCGCUACAACGAUCCUCCAUCUAACCGGAGCCCAGAGGAACUCCGAAAGUCCCGCUACAACGAUCCUCCAUCUAACCGGAGCCCAGGGGAACUCCGAAAGUCCCGCUACAACGAUCCUCCUUCUUACGCCUUCGGUGGAAUUCCGGAUCAACAACCAAGCCCCAGGGAGCAAUACAAUGAUAUUCAGAGCUGGCUGCCUUACGGUCAGUCCCCUAAACCCUCUCGGUCCCGAGAAGAUUAUCCUCUCCCUAAUCCGCCCCCACACCGCGAGGCCAGCGGUCGAUACACGGGUGUGAUAAGGCGAUAGGUAACAUUGGUCCAUGACGAGGAAUUUCUGUAACAUUGGCGGUAUAUCGCACGCAACAAAAGAUGGCAUUUAUUUUAUAUGACUUGCACAUAAUACAUGAUCGAGACUAUUAUUCAAUUUAACCUACUUCUAGAUUCUAUCAAGUUUCAUAUCCAUAGAAUUCACCAUGUGAAGGUAAUACAGAUAUUGUGUAAACGCAUUAGACUGCAUAAAGCUUUAUAUCGAGUGCAAUAAAAUGUCUACAUGGGUAAAUCAUUGCUCGUUGAACAUUGCCAACGUGUUCACUCAUAUACUCUGUUCAUUAAAGAUCAGCUGUGAUCAUGAUUGGUUGAGGACUAGUGAAAUGAUCUGGAGUUUUUCCAUGCUGUAUUCGAUGUAUCAUACAUUUCUUGAAUUUUGUGUUGAAAUUUGAGCCAGCUACAAGUGUAUCGUUCUUGGGGACUUCCAUUACUUUUAAUAUACAUCUUUUUAGGUAGGACACAUGCAUAUUUAACUUUCACAUAACUAUCUAAUGAGUUAAAGGUCUCUGGGGCAGAAUAGGAGUCUGUUUUUCGAUCGAGAAAAAUGAUUUGCUAAUGCUUUCAAAGUAGGACUCGCUGUUCCGGCUGGGACCCGUUCCGGCUUAAAACAUACAGCGCAGUCUGUUUAGAUCAUGCGAUCCUGCCGAUAUCAUAACGUAUAAUUAGUAUAAUUAGAACACUACUUACAUACAUAUAUACUAUAAGUAUAUGAUAAUACUUAAUACUCAGAGUCCCGGUAUCCACGUAUGAUUAUAUUAAAUGUUUAUUUAUAUAAAACAUAUAUAUAUAUAUAUAUCAAAUUGUGACUUAAUUCGCAUGUAAGAGCGGUUAUAGGCGUAAAUUAACAUGUACUGUAAUCUCGAUCAGGAAAAUAUAAAUCUAGUACUUUUUUUAAAAAGUAGCGAUUCGGUAAUAGGGAUGGUUCUUUUGUAUAAGUUUCUGUAGAAUGUACCCGUAUAAAUUAGAGCAGAAAAUAUAACUACAAUCAUGAUGCAGGAGAAAAUGGAGAAAUAUAGAACUUUGCGGUAUUUUAUAUUAUUUGUCAAAUCAUUUUACAGGUAUAUGGCCAACGUUUCUUGAAAGGAGAAAGGGCGACAAGAGCUAUAUAUACCCCCCCCCCCUUUAUAAAUCUAUAACGAAAAAUCCACAUUUCCUUAUUUUUAAUUAAUAGAACACAUGCCUGCUGACAUAUUUAGUUUACCAGUAUCAGCUGCAACCCUGAUGUAAAACCGGUACAUAGGCAAACGGGCGCUCCGUAUUCUCCAAAGCAUAAUGUAUAUAUAUAUUAAAAAAAAAAAAUGAAAAACCAAGUUUUCUUCCGAAAUCCUAAAUCUGCUUUAUACACAUACAUUCAUGAUCGUAACUCUUCAACUUGAAACAAGGCUUUACUUGCUUUCACUGUUUUAAGUCCAUGUUGAAUUUUUAAGCGAAGAGGAAGGCCACAUGGGGCCCUUAUCGUAUCUUGUCCUUUGUGAAACUAUCAAAAUCUGUUUGGAUUCAUGUAUAAAAUUUGUCUAUGUUUUUAGUUACCAUUAAACAAUGUUUCUGUA